CAGUCGAGACUCUCUGACCGAUCAUUAGCUUGCCGAACAUUGCAGAGAGCAGUCAGCCCGUCGUGUCUCUACCCGAGGCCGGAUGGUAAAAUCCAACCUCCAGCGGAUCCUAAACAGUCAUUGCUUUGCUCGCGAGAAAGAAGGAAAACAACAGUCUUUAACUACCAUGGCGGAUUUGAGUAAUGGUAUCUGUGACAUGAUCGGGAAGCUGUCCCUGCACUGUAGUAGUACCCGCGGCCCGGGGCCUCUGUGGUGCUCCGAUGCCCCUCUCCCACCCCUGAAGAUCCCAGGUGGGCGAGGGAAUGGCACACGGGAUCACACUCCUUCAGCUCGGCCACUCCACUCAGAUCGAAAGUUGAGUGUAACAGAGGAGCCAGCAGGGAACGGUCGCCCUGGGAUACUCCACUUCCAAAGUCGUCCCACCGUUACCAAGACAAUACAAUGGGAUGCUGUCCUGAGCAGCAGCGCUCUCUAUGUGGAGAUACCUCUUGACCCUCUUCCUGAAGGCAGCAAGGAGAGUUUCGCGGCUCUUCUGGAGUAUGCUGAAGAACAUCUGAAAGUAGUUAGCGUGUUUGUCUGCUUUUACAAGAACAGAGAUGACCGUGCUAAACUUGUGCGUACAUUCAGUUUCCUGGGCUUUGAGAUUGUGAAACCGGGCCAUGCCCUCGUCCCGCCUCGACCUGAUGUAUUCUUCAUGGCCUACAACUUUGACAGGGACUCCUCGGAUGAGGAGUAGCACUCCCGACAGCCCCUCCACCCUCCUGCUUACUUCCCUUUUUCCUCCCAUCGUAUGUUUGUCCAUCCCAGCUUACUCAUAUAUAAAUCUGUCUGUGUUAAACCCUCGGCAGUAAGUCUCUGUAUGCAAGUAUUCAUCUCCCCCAUGCUUUUUGUGUUCAAGGGAAUAUGUAAAAUGUGCAUCUCCAUUUUUUUUCCACCAUCUAUGUUUUAUUAUACUGUUUUCAUUGAAGAUUAAUCGGUGUCGUCACCUAUAAAUGGAAGGAACCUUUGGUUUUUUUUGGACUUACAAUCACAUUACAGUUCUCAUAGCUAUAAAUUAAGUUCCAGUAUAAUUUCAAUUUCUUGUCAAGUAUUUUUAUUGGUAUUUCCUUUUUCUGAUAGAUUAUGGUGGUGGAUUCUUCAUUUCUUGAAUGUACAAUAAAGAGGUCAUCAGGUUUACACUCGGGUACUCCAGCUUUCCUUUAAUUGGCUAAAUAAUGACUUAAGAUUUGUCUCAUUUUCUUUCCCUCUGAAUUAAUAACACAUUUCAGUUGGACCAGUUUUAUUUAGUAGCACUAAUAUCCUCUUAAAAGUAUUUGGAAUGAGUGACAGCCCCAAUAAUUGGUACUUCAUAGCUGGGUAGUGAAAUCAUUUUAGACUAGAGGUGGAGCGAAGAGAUGAAUGCUGCUGCAUGUCUGUCUGCGCUUCAGUUUCAAGUUAGAGAUCCUAUGAUGAGUGUAUUGGUACAACGUGAAAGGAAAGUAAAUAAUCCAAAGUGCUUUUGCUUCUUUCUGCCAUGUAUAUCUGACAAUAUUGUAGUUUUUUGUUUUGGAGGUUUAAAAAAUAAAUAAAUAAUGCUGUGAUGUUAUGAUUGGAUUUUUUUUAUUUUUAUUAGCAUUCCUUUUAACUAUUUUUUUUUCAUGAUAGUGUUGAGUUUGUUGUUCACCUGCAUAGUGGUACCUGUUGUGCUUCUGUGAUAAUAAAACAAACAAA